UAGGUAGCGUAGUGAUGAUGUGUAUGACACUAUUUGCAUCGUGCUCCCACCAAAAAUUUUUCACAGAAACAACAGAUGUCUGAUUGAAAAAAAAAACAGUUUAUAAUUGUUUGACACCGCCAAAAACAUUCCAAUAAUGCAGAGCUACAGUCACAGAGGUUGUCGCGAAGACUUCAUGAGACUGGGCAUCUUGACGGUGAGUGACCGGUGUUUCAACAAUUACGCCGAAGACAGAAGUGGGAACAAUAUCCGCAAGGUAGUCGCAGAGAGACUUCCGGCAACUGUGGUUGCGAAUAAACUGGUUCCCGAUUCGCUCUCUGCUAUCAAGAAUGUUCUAGAACAGUGGUGUGACGAAAAGAGGUUGGAUUUGAUUUUGACGAUUGGGGGAACUGGGUUCUCGCCGACUGACGUGACUCCUGAGGCCACGCGCAUUGUGAUUGAGCGGGAGGCCCCUGGGUUGUCGAUCGCAAUGAUGAGGACAUCGCUGGACACGACGCCAAUGGCAAUGCUGUCAAGAGCUGUCUGUGGAAUCAGGGGACGUAGUCUCAUUGUGAAUUUACCCGGAAGCAUGAAAGGCUCCCAGGAAUGUCUGGAGACUAUUGUUCCUGCUCUGCCACAUGCGAUAGACCUGCUGAGAGAUGCCCUCACUGACGUCACAGCCACACAUCACGCAAUGCAGAGCCAAGGAGGCAGUCACCAGUCAUCCCACUUGCACAUACAGAUGCCGAUGCAGCACUCGAUGAGGGUGGCACAUUCACAUGCCAGUAACAUGCAUGGCCAUGGACCUCCGGCAAACACAUCUAUGGCCAGUGCGAUGAGUCACGGGAACCUCGUGCGAAAUGUCAUGGCUCCGAAUGGCACUCAGUCUGGAGUGGGAGGGGGUGGAAUGGGCGGGGCAGGUGGGGGCGGAGUGUGGGACUCUCUCUCAUCCACUGAGUCCAUUCCUCAACUCGAUACCCCAGAGGAAAGUGACGUGGAACAGCAGAACAACGAUAGAGAUCAGAGAGGUGUUCUGACAAUGUCAAUGGCAAACAUAGUCCAGCAGCAAGUUUCGGGCACCAAUUAUGGUCAGAGGCACUUCGCUGCCAAUGGACAGUCGCACUCGAUGGGAUCUCAAUAUGAUGAUGGCUCUGCGGGUGGGGUUAUGAACUCAUCUUCUGGUUCUGCGUCCAUCAGAAAGGGAGGAGGGUGCAACACAGGAGGGGGUGUGUCCUCAAGCUACCCCCCAGUGGCUUAUAGACCAAGGCACUCUGUGUACCCCAUUGUGCCAGUGGAUCAAGCCCUCUCUACUAUUUUGGACAAUUGCUCAGCUCUGCCUUCUGAGAACGUCAAGUACAAGGAUGCUCUGGGAAGAAUACUUUCGUGUGAUGUGUACGCAAGUGAUCCCUUGCCGCCUUUCCCAGCAUCAAUCAAAGACGGAUAUGCUGUUCGAACCUGUGACGGAAUUGGGAUCCGGGAGGUCAUUGGAGACAGUACCGCGGGAGCAAUGACUACAACUGAGGUGGUGCCUGGAUCUGUGGUGAGGAUAUCCACCGGGGCUCCCCUUCCUCCAGGGGCAGAUGCAGUGGUGCAGGUGGAGGACACCGAGCUCAUUGAGGCCAGCGAUGACGGAUACAAGGAGUUCAAAAUUCGGAUCCUGGCCCAGUCCAAACCAGGCCAGGACAUCCGCCCAGUGGGCCUGGACAUCCAAAAAGGGGAGAAAAUCCUGUCGAAGAGUACCCGUUUGGGUCCCUCGGAGCAGGGUCUACUUGCUGCAGUUGGGGUCACACAGGUCAAAGUGUACAGACAGCCUGUGGUGGGGGUGAUGUCUACAGGAAACGAGCUGGUUGACCCUGGGGACCGUUUGGCAGCUCAUCAGGUGCGAGACUGCAACAGGACCACUCUACUCUCACAGCUGUCUGACUACGCUCUCAAACCCAUUGACUUGGGCAUAGUGCCGGACUGCUCACAUUGUAACAUCAGCUCCUCUAACCUGGUGCGGCGUCUGCGUGAGUCCAUUCACGAGUGUGACGUCAUAAUCACAACGGGGGGAGUGUCGAUGGGGGAGAAGGAUCUGCUGAAAUGUGUGCUGGAGAUGGAGAUGGGAGCGAAUAUACACUUUGGACGCGUAUUCAUGAAACCUGGGAAGCCGACGACGUUUGCAACAGUAGAUUUGGAGGGAGCCCGAAAGUUGAUCUUCGCCCUACCUGGAAACCCAGUGUCCGCUCUGGUUACUUGUAACCUGUUUGUGAUUCCUGCUAUUCGUAAAAUGCAAGGAUACUUCAGACCUCAACAGACUGUUCUCAAAGUCAGAGUGACACAAGACAUCAAACUGGACCAUCGUCCAGAGUUCUUCCGGGUCUCUCUGGCAUGGCCGAAUGGAGUAUGCAAUUGCAGUAGUAACAGUGGCCAGUCUCAGUCUGCCGGGGGACACCACAGCAGUGGCAGUAGGACCAAAUGGAGCACAACUGCCACUACCAAUGAGUUCCACCAGGAGGCACUCGAGGACAGAAAUGGAGACUGCAGAUCUCCUACAGCUGGCAGUAUGGGAGCCCUGAGUGAGUGUACAUGUGGGAACUGGGGUGGAUAUCCUCUGGCUACAGGUACAGGCAGCCAGAUCAGCAGUAGACUCCUCAGUAUGGUCAGCAGCAACGCUCUCCUCAUGUUACCUCCAUCUUCAGAUGAGAAACAAGUGGUAUAUACUAAUGAGUUAGUGGACGCUUUGGUCAUUGGACGAGUUUGACCCACCACACACGACAACGUUGGGACGCACUUGAAGAGGACAAGAUGACCUUGGAAUCGAUCACAGAAUUUUGCCAGACCAAAAUUAGAAUAUGAGCUAAAGAAUUGUGUCAAAAAUAACAUAUGUUUGAACAGGGUCUCGGUAAAUCUUGUUGGCUUAAAUUUUUAGUUUG